CCUUCCUGUGCAGGCAGCAGUUGGGGUCAUCUCCAGCAGCAAAAGGGGAGCUCCAACACGGAUAGGCAAAUCCUGCCCAUGGCCAGAACCAUCCCAAGCCCUGCCUGCAGACCCACAUGUGCCUUAGGUCCAUCACCAUGGGCCAGAAAAGACUGGGGAAGCUCAUGAAAGCUGGUCUCCAACCUGCCCUGACCCUCCGGGGAUGUGGACCCCAUCCUUCACACUUCCUCCCCAGCACUGUGCAUCCCAGGCAGCCUUCCUGAUGGCUGGGGCUUGCCAGCACUGCGGGAUGCAACUCAGGCAGCUCCUGGGACCCAUCCCUCCAAGCUGGGUGCAAUGGGAGGUGUCAGCAGAGCCAGGGAAUGAGACACCCAAGAGCUCCCAAGGAGAAGACACACAGCCAUGCCCCAGCACUUUGCACUUCUGCCCAUGUACCCAGUGGAACCAGGGGAGCAUCAAGCCAGGACUUGCCAUCUUUCUCCAUGCCGCCUUCCCGGUCUGCCUACAAAGCACCAAGACAAGAAGCUGCCUCCCCACUCAGCAAGGCUUUGGCUCCUGCAGGAGAUGGAGGGCACAGCACACAAAACCACCUCUCCCCAGCCUUCCCCACGGCUUGUCAUUCAAGCAAAACCCGUGGCCUUUAAGCUGCCAAGGUACCAGAGCUGCUCCGGAAUCGAGUUCGCUCGGCUCCUGCCCUGGAGCAAGGAAUAUGAAACGCUGCCACUGGAAACGAAACAGAGCAUCCGUCAUUUUACUUGCCAGGAAUAUAUCCAGCCCCCAAAAAAAGAAAUGCUGCCUGCUAAAGAGCCAGCAACAAACGCCCUCGAUCGCACCGGCGAAGCGGAGCCUGGCAUCGGGCAUCACCACCCGGGGCCUGCUUCCCUGCUGCAUUCAGAAUCACCCAAAAUUCAACGAGCAGCAGAGUCAGGAGAGGGCUGGAGCCACCCUGGAGCCAGGUCAGGACAGCUGGUGGGGACCAGCAGAUCCCACCUAGGAUGCUACAAGGAAAACUCAUGGGUUUGGAGCAAGAAGAGGGAGAUGGUAGAGGCAGGGCUGGAGGGAUGGAAGUGUCCAAGCAGAGCCAGCCCUGCUGGGGGUGCCCAUGGGAAGCCACCCUGCCGGUGGGCAGUGCCAGCAUCCUGCCCCUGGCCAUUCCCAGUGGCAUCCCCAGGAAAAGGAGCUGCGUUCCCAGCCAGCCCAGCCCCCAGCCCAGGCACGCCAAGCCAAAUAUCUGCAAGAGGCGCUCCCCUCCAUGGGAACGGCGACUCCACGCAGAGUUCACAUGCCCCAGCAAUGCCUGAUUAAACUCCCAAACUCCCAGGGAAUACCCCUGAGGCUGUCUGCAGAUAAGCGAGGAGCUGGGCUGCUCGCAGGAAAUGCAGCAACUGGGAAAGAGCAAUGGCUCUUUUUUCCUUGCAGAUCCAGACUAACACAGAGCAAACCCCGGCGCGCUCUGGCUCACACACAAGUGCUUGCCUAAGCUCACUGCUGCGCACCCCUGGAGCUUCCUGCUCUCCGGUGCGACCAGGAGCUCAUGGGUGACCCCAUCACCAAGCUAGAUCCAACUGGAGGGAGUGGAGAUGGAACUGGAGAGCCCAGGAUAACUCAGUGCAGCACAGAGGAGCUGAGCAGGACCCAACAGGCUGAAAGAUGUCGAGCAAGAGGAUGGUGCUGGGCGGAGGGGAGGCUGCAGCAGGUACCCAAGGACAGGAACACUUGCUGCCAACACCUUCAUCCAGGACCUGAGAUGCUCUAUCAUUUCGUGUCACCCUGGGGAACACCUCAGACAUUGGUUUCACCGAUCCUGGGGUCUCCUGCAACCCCAUCACUGCCCUUCUCCUCCCAUUUGGCUCUCUUUGACACCGCAGCACUAGACCCAGAUCUAGGUGUCCACAUAGUCAAGGGCAACAGUAGUCAAGGAAACCAUGUUGGUUCAGCACCCAGUGUGAUGGGUGAGAAGGAGCGUCCCAGGGUAAAGACGAAGGAGAUGAUGCUCCUCCUCCUGAAGGCAGAGGAGCAACCAGCUCCUCCUCCUCUCCUGUGCUCCAUGAGGGCUGAGCCACAGGGAGGCUCUGCAUAUCUUGGGGACCAGUGACCCCAGCGCUGGGCACCUCAGGGGUGCUCCAUCCUGACAGCCACAACGUCAGCUUUGAUGGAGACCAACUGACGUUGUAAGGUUGAAGUUCUGCUUUCAACCAGGAUCUGCACUGACUGCACACUGUGCUCUCAGGGGCCACCACACCCUGGAGAAACCUCAUUUCUCCAGGCUUGGAUCAAGCACAGAAAAUGAUGUCCAUCAGGAGUGUGGCCAUCAAGGGAAAAUCCUGCUGGAAAGCAGCAAAACCCCAUCCCCAACAAGUGUGACCCACAGUGCCAAGGCAGCCACACUCCAACCAGGACAGCUCCGCCUGGUCCAUCGCAUUAGAGGGACUUGGCCUCCAGCAUGAACUUCACCAUGCAGGUUUGUGCCUUCAGGUGUUUUCAGAGGGGAAUAUAUAUUCAAAUAAAGCAAGAAAGACAAAAAAAUGGGGCAUGCAACUGAGCUCCUGUGAUCUCCCUAUCUGUGCUGGGCAUCCAUGGAAAAAUCCCGAGGAAAUUUCUGCUAAAAUAUAAUCAUUCCACACAAAAAAAGGGAAAACCCACCGGAGGCUCAGCUUGCUGGACACAGCACGCCAGGAGGGGCUGACAGAGCUGUUACGGUCUAUUGGGCCAAUAAUCCACAAACUAAGACAGAUUUAUUGUACAUGGCAGAUCGUAACAGCUCCAAAGAAACCAUCACUGUCUCCCGGUGCUUAAAAUUCACUUUCUUGGGGGGAAAAAAAAAGGCCAAAAUAUGGCUUGAAGAGAUAAGAUGCGUGGUUGUGACAGACAGAAGCCUGUGCAAACACAUAUUAUGGGGUUUUUUCUCUCUUGGUAUAUAAAUAAAUAAAAUAUCUCCUCUUCCAAAGCGAGCGCAACAGCAUUACCCAGCUCGGAGCGCUGUCCUUACCACCGGAUUACCCGGCUUGGUUUCACCUCCCUUUAGCAAGACGGAUUUGCAGGGAUGCUGUUUCCUCCCCAAUAUUGCAGCCUGAACACAGAGAGGGGAAUGAAAAUGAAGCUAAUUAAAGCCAACUUGUUCCCAUCUGCCUUGCUGGGAUGGGUGGGUUUGGGUCCCCUCUCCUUGGAAGGUGCAAGCCUCCAAAGAAGCAAGAUGCCGGAACAGAGAGCAGGCUCUUUCCACUGCACAUUGCGAUGGUGAGCCCAGGGUGUGGGGAUGUUUAAGGAGUAAUAAAGGGCAGUCAGUGCUUUCCCUUCAGCUUUGCUCCUGGAUGGACAGGUCCUGGGAGCAGAACGAGGAGAGAGACCAGCUCAGGCCCAUCAGUAAUUGUGAUGCUUUAAAUCAGCCUGGGUCUGGUGAAAGCUUAGGCCAGCUCACCAUAUCCGACGGGAUCAAAGGGGCUCAGCCAACAGGUUUAGUGGCUCGGCACAGCCAAUGGGGUAGACCUGGCCCCCGCUCGCUCUGCACCCAGGGAGCACGCAUCCCUCAGUAGGGUGGUGCCAGGAGGAUGCCCAGUGAGGCCCUGAACCCCCCCAGCAUCAUGAUGGGUCAGCACUGCACUCACCAACCCCCCAAACUGCACCCCAAAACCAGUCCAAAGAGGGGGUGCUGGGGCCAAGCAACCCAAGCGAUAACGGCUGGGCUCAGAGAUGCAGAACAAUGCUCACGAAUGCAAGGAGGGGGUUUGCACAGAUACCCCAGCCCCCUGAAAGCAAUGGGCUGGGGCUGGCUGGGAGCUCCAGGGAGGGAGCGGAGCCGAGUAAUUAGAGCAGGAGGCUGUGAGUCAGCAAACGAUGCGUAACCUCGAGGUUGACAAUGAGGGAGAAGAUGGCAGUUUCGACCGAGAGAGCCCGCUGAAAGGGCACAUUUAGAUAUGCAAGAAGCAGCAACUCCCAACAAUCAGAGGGCUGGUGACCUGCUCCACAAACCACACUGCUCCACAAAGCACGCUGCUCCACAGCGGCCGCCCGCCUGCCACAAACCGGUGCCGCUCUCCACCAUCGCUGCAAAUAGAGAUGGGGGCAGUCACAGCCCAAACCCAAUGGGAGCAGGGGCCACUUCCAAACACCCCAGUGCUCAGAGCAGGAAGGGCAGUGGGCAGCAUCUCCUGCAGCAUCCCAGCCUGCCUGGGGAGCGGGAUGCAGCCAGGCUCGGCGCCUGACCUUGCUCUGGAUGCCCUGGAGAGACGAGCAGCCGGCGGCAGCGAUACUCCAGCACGCAAUGGAUAUUAAGGGCAAGGUUUGGCUCGGAAGCAAACCCCAGCUCCAGCCACAGGCUCAUUCCCCCCUUGUUUUAGAGGGGGGCGCGUGUCCAUGAGGGCUGCAGGCAGGUAGGGCCCUGCCGCACAGCAGCCCUCGGCGAGGAGACUUUAAUUAACCCCGGAAAGCAAUCGCUCAACGGCCAGCGCGGGAAUCGAUGCGGAAGGGGCAGCUUGCUGCCAAGGGACCAUCUGCUCGGGAGAGGGAUGACAGCUCCGGGUCCCCCCCUCCCGCUGCCCCACGCCUGCCGGGAAGCUGCUAUGGGGCAGCUGGUUGGGGUGGGGGCCCGAUCCUGAGCAUCACUACCAGGUCCCCCCGCCCUCGGCUCUCCCCUCGCUUCCCGUAAAGCCCCACAUCCCCACGUGAUUUCCCACAUGCUGCAGCCCACCCACCCCCCCCCCAGCACAAAGCCUGCCCCUAUGGGGGGUCCCUCCAGGGCAAGGAAGCUGCUGGGAUGCAGCUGAAGGAGAGAUGGGCAGGAUGUGACCAAGCAUCCUCCUCGCCCACCCCACAUGUUUUCACCCAUGAGAUGAGUUUGGGGCAGUCUCAGCCUUGAGGGCACAGAGGGGUUG